AGAGCUGUCAGCGGGCGGACGGGCAGCGGGUGACGGAGCGGCGAGCCGAGCGCACAGCAGUCGCGGCCCGGGAGCCGGAGCUGCCGCCGCACCCCGGGAAGGCUGCCUUGCCGCCGGCCCGCCGACCGCGGCCGGACGAAGAUGCUGUUCCGCGCCCGGGGGCCGGUACGGGGCAGGGGCUGGGGGCGGCCGGCGGAGGCUCCCCGCCGCGGGCGCUCGCCGCCCUGGAGCCCCGCCUGGAUUUGCUGCUGGGCGCUCGCCGGCUGCCAGGCGGCCUGGGCUGGGGACCUGCCCUCCUCCUCCAGCCGCCCGCUUCCUCCUUGCCAGGAGAAAGAUUAUCACUUUGAAUAUACGGAAUGUGAUAGCAGUGGCUCCAGGUGGAGAGUUGCCAUUCCAAAUUCUGCAGUGGACUGCUCUGGCCUGCCUGACCCAGUGAGAGGCAAAGAAUGCACUUUCUCCUGUGCUUCUGGAGAGUAUCUAGAAAUGAAGAACCAGGUAUGCAGUAAGUGUGGUGAAGGCACCUAUUCCUUGGGCAGUGGCAUCAAAUUUGAUGAAUGGGAUGAAUUGCCGGCAGGAUUUUCUAACAUCGCAACAUUCAUGGACACUGUGGUGGGCCCUUCUGACAGCAGGCCAGACGGCUGUAACAACUCUUCUUGGAUCCCUCGUGGAAACUACAUAGAAUCUAAUCGUGAUGACUGCACGGUGUCUUUGAUCUAUGCUGUGCACCUUAAGAAGUCAGGCUAUGUCUUCUUUGAGUACCAGUAUGUCGACAACAACAUCUUCUUUGAGUUCUUUAUUCAAAAUGAUCAGUGCCAGGAGAUGGACACCACCACUGACAAGUGGGUAAAACUUACAGACAAUGGAGAAUGGGGCUCUCAUUCUGUAAUGCUGAAAUCAGGCACAAACAUACUCUACUGGAGAACUACAGGCAUCCUUAUGGGUUCUAAGGCGGUCAAGCCUGUGCUGGUAAAAAAUAUCACAAUUGAAGGGGUGGCGUACACAUCAGAAUGUUUUCCUUGCAAGCCAGGCACAUUCAGCAACAAACCAGGUUCAUUCAACUGCCAGGUGUGUCCCAGAAACACCUAUUCUGAGAAAGGAGCCAAAGAAUGUAUAAGGUGUAAAGACGACUCUCAAUUUUCAGAGGAAGGAUCCAGUGAGUGUACAGAGCGCCCUCCCUGUACCACAAAAGACUAUUUCCAGAUCCAUACUCCAUGUGAUGAAGAAGGAAAGACACAGAUAAUGUACAAGUGGAUAGAGCCCAAAAUCUGCCGGGAGGAUCUCACAGAUGCUAUUAGAUUGCCCCCUUCUGGAGAGAAGAAGGAUUGUCCGCCUUGCAACCCUGGAUUUUAUAACAAUGGAUCAUCUUCUUGCCAUCCCUGUCCUCCUGGAACAUUUUCAGAUGGAACCAAAGAAUGUAGACCAUGUCCAGCAGGAACGGAGCCUGCACUUGGCUUUGAAUAUAAAUGGUGGAAUGUCCUUCCUGGCAACAUGAAAACUUCCUGCUUCAAUGUUGGGAAUUCAAAGUGCGAUGGAAUGAAUGGUUGGGAGGUGGCUGGAGAUCAUAUCCAGAGUGGGGCUGGAGGUUCUGACAAUGAUUACCUGAUCUUAAACUUGCAUAUCCCAGGAUUUAAACCACCAACAUCUAUGACUGGAGCCACGGGUUCUGAACUAGGAAGAAUAACAUUUGUCUUUGAGACCCUCUGUUCAGCUGACUGUGUUUUGUACUUCAUGGUGGAUAUUAAUAGAAAAAGCACGAAUGUGGUAGAAUCAUGGGGUGGAACCAAAGAAAAACAAGCUUACACCCAUAUCAUCUUCAAGAAUGCAACUUUUACAUUUACAUGGGCAUUCCAGAGAACUAAUCAGGGUCAAGAUAAUAGACGGUUCAUCAAUGACAUGGUGAAGAUUUAUUCUAUCACAGCCACUAAUGCAGUUGAUGGGGUGGCGUCCUCAUGCCGUGCCUGUGCCCUCGGUUCUGAACAGUCGGGUUCAUCGUGUGUCCCCUGCCCUCCAGGCCACUACAUUGAGAAAGAAACCAACCAGUGCAAGGAAUGUCCACCUGACACCUACCUGUCCAUACAUCAGGUCUAUGGCAAAGAGGCUUGUAUUCCAUGUGGGCCUGGGAGUAAAAACAAUCAGGACCAUUCGGUUUGCUAUAGUGACUGCUUUUUCUACCAUGAAAAAGAAAAUCAGAGUUUGCACUAUGACUUUAGCAACCUCAGCAGUGUGGGCUCAUUAAUGAAUGGCCCCAGCUUCACCUCCAAAGGAACAAAAUACUUCCAUUUCUUCAAUAUCAGUUUAUGUGGGCAUGAGGGGAAGAAGAUGGCUCUCUGUACCAACAAUAUAACAGACUUUACAGUAAAAGAAAUAGUGGCAGGGUCAGAUGAUUACACAAAUUUGGUAGGGGCAUUUGUAUGCCAGUCAACAAUUAUUCCUUCUGAAAGUAAGGGUUUCCGAGCAGCCUUAUCAUCACAAUCCAUCAUUCUGGCAGAUACAUUCUUAGGAGUCACAGUUGAAACCACAUUGCAAAAUAUUAAUAUAAAAGAAGAUAUGUUUCCAGUUCCAACAAGCCAAAUACCAGAUGUGCAUUUCUUUUAUAAGUCUUCUACAGCGACAACAUCUUGUAUUAAUGGCCGAUCAACUGCUGUGAAAAUGAGGUGUAAUCCUACUAAAUCUGGAGCAGGAGUGAUUUCAGUCCCCAGCAAGUGCCCAGCAGGUACCUGUGAUGGGUGUACAUUCUAUUUCCUGUGGGAGAGUGCUGAAGCUUGCCCUCUGUGUACGGAGCAUGACUUCCAUGAGAUUGAGGGAGCCUGCAAGAGAGGAUUUCAGGAAACCUUAUAUGUGUGGAAUGAACCUAAAUGGUGCAUUAAAGGAAUUUCUUUGCCUGAGAAAAAGUUGGCAACCUGUGAAACGGUUGACUUUUGGCUGAAGGUGGGAGCCGGUGUGGGAGCUUUUACUGCCGUUUUGCUGGUGGCUCUGACCUGCUACUUCUGGAAAAAGAAUCAAAAACUGGAAUACAAAUAUUCCAAGUUAGUAAUGACGACUAACUCAAAAGAGUGUGAACUCCCGGCUGCAGACAGUUGUGCUAUCAUGGAAGGAGAAGAUAAUGAAGAGGAAGUUGUAUAUUCCAAUAAACAGUCACUACUAGGAAAACUCAAAUCUUUGGCAACCAAGGAAAAAGAAGACCAUUUUGAAUCUGUUCAACUGAAAACCUCAAGAUCCCCAAAUAUAUGAAGAGACAGUGCUGUAGCCUUGAGACUAAUGAACAAAGAAACCUGCUCUAGUUUUACAGGACCAUAUUUUAGGGUCUGUCCUCAUACCUGUCACAUUGGUGAUCUCACAGAGGAGGGCCAUGCCGCUGAAAAGGGAAGGAGAUUGAAACAUUUGAUUGCCUUAUCACAUGGUCAAGUACCUUGCCAAAUAAAGGAAAGCAAAUGAUUUGGGUCUCAACUGAAGAUGAAGCUCAACUCAGGAAGAGAUUUAUCUGUAUAUACACAUAACUGAAAACCAAGUUUAAGCCCACCAAUGCACUGCUGAUGCAUGCCAUAUAAUUAAUGGGUAACUUUUAUUCUUUAUGAUGUCUACAUAACAAGUGUGAUUUGGAAGGCACAUGUGAGCAUAUGCAUUAUGAUCCAAUUUAUGUUUUUUCUUUGUUUAUAUUUUGGGGAAAAUUAAAAUUUUUUUAAGGUGUAUUUUUCCCAUUAUUUAUUUUCCUGACCUUAAAACAGCUUUUCUACUAAAAAAUGGUGAGCAAUGAAGACAAUAAAUUUUUCAUUUUUCCAUA